AUGAUGACCGCAAAUAACAUCAUACACCACAUCGUCGCCAUUGAGGCUGUUCAUUGCCCAAUUCCCGAAUUCGAUCUACCAGGGCGGCAUUCCCGCGCAGUCCACCGACGGACCGAUCUCGUUGAUCUGCCCAGUCGCGUCAAAGAUGCUACAAUCAUUAUAACGACAACCACGCGCCUGACGGCAGAGAUCCUCAGCCCCGAAUUUACCCCCAACCUCCGCCUUAUAGUGAUCAUGGCGACCGGCACAGACUGCGUCGAUAUAGCAGCUGCGUCCGCACGAGGAAUCAUUGUGUGCAACUGUCCCGGCUGUAAUAUUGACAGUGUGAGUGAACACGCUAUUGGGCUUUACUUUGCCACUCGACGGAAGUUUAUGGAGCUCCAUAAUGCCACAGUUGCAGUUCCUGCGGACUUGUCGCGUGAUACUGAGUGGAAGACCCAUGGCACCUUGCUCAGUCGGGUUCGUGCACCUGAUGGAAAGGCCCCGUUGCUGUGUAGUGAUGAGACUCUGUGUAUCAUUGGAUACGGAUCGCUGGGCAAACGAAUCGAGGCCAUGGCGAAGGGUCUCGGGAUGAACGUGAUUAUUGCUGAGCGUAAAGGUGUAUCUCCUCGACCGGGUCGGGUCCCGUUCCAAGAUGGCUUGAAAAAGUCGACUGUGGUUGUUCUGUGCUUGCCACGAAGCGCUGAGACGCUCAACAUAAUCUCUACUGCGGAGUUCCAGAUUAUGUCUCCCCAUGCCGUGUUGGUAAACGUCGCAAGAGGUGGAAUUGUCGACGAGCAAGCUCUGCUUGAAGCUCUCAAGUGCGGAGCUAUUUCAGGUGCGGCUACAGAUGUUUUCGCCACUGAACCUGCUGGGAGAGGUGAUUCCCCGUUGUUAGGUCCAGAAGCAGCGGGCUUGAAUCUGGUGUUGACACCUCACCUUGCCUGGUAUUCUGAAAGAACAUUGCAAAACCUACAGGCUGCAGUGAAGAACACGAUUGAGAAGUGGUGUGUUGGUGAGGUUAUCAAUCAAGUGGGCUGA